GGAGUUUCGGAGAAUUCAUGAUUGAGCCAUGGCGUUCUUGUGGAUCCUCUCCUGCCUCGCCUUCGCUGGCGCCGCCUAUGGGUGCGGUACCCCUGCCAUCCCCCCUGUCAUCACUGGGUACGCCCGCAUUGUGAACGGAGAGGAGGCCGUGCCCCACUCCUGGCCCUGGCAGGUGUCCCUCCAGGACUACACUGGCUUCCACUUCUGCGGUGGUUCCCUCGUCAACGAGAAUUGGGUUGUGACCGCUGCCCACUGCAACGUCCGGACUAGUCACCGUGUGGUCCUGGGAGAGCACGACCGCUCCUCUAACUCUGAGGCCGUCCAGGUCAUGACAGUCAAAGCGGUCUUCAAGCACCCCCAGUACAAUGGCUUCACCAUUAACAACGACAUCCUGCUCAUCAAGCUGGCCUCUCCCGCCCAGCUCAACACCAGAGUGUCCCCUGUGUGUGUGGCCGAGUCCGGAGAUAACUACCCCGGAGGCAUGAAGUGUGUGACCAGCGGCUGGGGCCUCACCCGCUACAACGCCCCUGACACUCCUGCCCUCCUGCAGCAGGCUGCUCUCCCUCUGCUCACCAACACUCAGUGCAAGAGUUACUGGGGCUCUAAGAUCACCGACCUGAUGAUCUGCGCUGGAGCUGCUGGGGCCUCCUCCUGCAUGGGUGACUCUGGUGGUCCCCUGGUCUGCCAGAAGUCUGGAGCCUGGACUCUGGUUGGUAUUGUGUCCUGGGGCAGUGGCACCUGCACCCCCACCAUGCCCGGAGUGUACGCCCGCGUCACCGAGCUCCGCUCCUGGAUGGACCAGACCAUUGCCAGCAACUAAACUGCACGUUAGGACUCCAACCCAAUAAACCACUAAACAAAA